AUGGCACCCUCUGCUCAACCUACCAGGGCUGGCAAGCCCUCCAACAGAAAUCGGGAUAAAUUCUUCGAAGUGUUGAAGAACAACGUCACUGAAAGCGUCAGGAAGACUAUACCAGCAGAUCCUGAAAUGGAGAAUAUCCCCCCAAAUAUCGCCGCAAUGUUACGACCUGAGGGGAGUGCUCUGCUUGAUGUGCCACAAUCCAAGUACACCUGCAUAACGGAGAAAAAGCUUCCAAUCAAGCCGAGCCAGAAGUCUGACCCCUUUUCUCUUUGGAUCGGAUAUGAUGGUGACAUUCCGCGCUGGAAGAAGGGUCAGGUAGUCCAAUUUGCGGCCCUCGUGGAAGAUUACCCAACUCUAGACCAGGCCACGUUCGCCGCCUACAAACUCAACUUAGCCGCCAGGGAAUGGAACGAUCUUAAUAUAGGAGCUACCUUCCAGUGGUUUACUAAUAUAGAGGAUGCAUGGUUCGUACUCACCUAUGGUGGCGACGGAGGAGGUACCCUAGCCGAAGCUUUCUUCCCCAACGACAAGGACCUCAUCGCACUCUUUGUAUAUAAACUGGCUUUUGACGAAAAAUAUCUCCCAUACCAGAGCAAUAUAUUUCUUCACGAGCUUGGACAUGUUUUGGGACUGCGCCAUGAAUUCGCUGCCCGGGAGGGUGGUGGCGUCAAGUUUGGACCAGCUAAUCAAAAUUCUGUGAUGAACUACCGUUUCCCGCCUACGAUUCAGGAAUCAGAUACCGUGAGCGCUGCCGCGUUUUAUAAUCUCAAGGGCCCAUACAAAGGCUUGGAUAUUAUUGACUGGUAUCCUGAUAACUAA